UCACAUUUAGUAAUUGCCCGAGGCUUCUUUAGCCUAUUUUUCUCUCUUCCGGUGAAACUACAAAAUUCAAAAUGGCUUUCCAAUUUAAGUUGAACAAGAUGGGCUGGCGUAUCUCAACGCAGUCGGAUAGGUCCCUCGACUCCGUCAUGGAUGGACCGACUCCGCGUCAUUCCCUUCUCUCCGGGAGGUACAAACAGAGCUUUGCCUAUCUGACACUGAGAACCCGGAUGCCUGGUAUCAUGCAGCAGAUCAUCAUGAGGGUGAUGUCCGAUGCUCCCGAUCUGGUGGAGAAGUACGGCGAGGAGGUGCGCAAGGACAUCAGCCACAUUGUGGAUGCCGUUGAGCGUUUGAAGUUGGAAUUAAAUCGGGAUCGCCAGUUUCUGCUUUUCCACGGCGCCGAACCGGACAAGGCCGAGUGGAAUGCCUUCAUAACAGAGCUCCCUCGCCCGAAAAGAACCUUCUUCCGCGCCUGUUGGCUUCACUCCGAGUGCUACCUGUACCGGCGCAUCUCGUCCUUCUUCGAGAACAGCCACUUCCUGCAGAACUACGAUUGCUUUGCGACUCUGAAGCAGGAGGAUCUGAUGAUCAGCGAGGUGUCCAUGAGGGUGUUGGCCAGAGCCACACGAGGAUUGGCCAGGAGCUUUGAUAUUUUCAAGAAGCUGCUGCGGAUCGUCCUCUGGGGCAACCACUUCGAUAUGCAAUUCAGUGGAUUUGAGUUCUCGGAGGAGGACAACAAGGACGACAUCGGUGUCCUGGCUCAGGUGGCUGAUAUCGACAGGAUCCUUCUCGUCGACGAUUCGGUGUUGUUGUGGAACUGUCUGAUGAAGGAGAAGAAGGACGGCAUUGUGGACUACAUCUGUGAUAAUGGUGGCUUCGAGUUCUUCACCGACAUGCUGUUGCUGGAGUAUCUGAUCGAUAAUAAUUUGGCCAACCAGGUGAGAUUGCAUGUCAAGGCCAUUCCGUGGUAUAUAUCCGAUGUCACGCACGCGGAUGUCGAAUGGACUAUAGACUUUCUCAAAAAGCACAAGGACGAGUGCCUUUCGUCGGUGGGUAAAAAGUGGGAUCGGCUCUUUAGCUCAAGAAAAAUCGUAGUAGCACCCCCUUCGUAUUUCUGGACAGGACCGCAGCCCUAUUUCGUGAUGGUGGAAUCGAACUUGGAGCUCUAUCGCGAGUUUACCAUCUCCAAGUUGGCCAUCUUCAAGGGGGACCUGAACUACAGAAAGCUGUUGGGCGACUACAUCUGGGAUUCGGCGGAGGAGUUCAUCACCUGCCUGCGAGGCUUUCGACCCACAAAUAUGUGUGCUCUGCGAACGGUCAAAUGCGAAGUGGUUUGCGGACUGCCGGAGGGCAUGGCAGAUGCCCUUUUGCGGUCCGAUCAGAACUGGAUGAUCUCGGGCAAGUACGGCUUGAUCCAGUACACCGACUCGCUGAAGUGUUGCUGUGCUCUGCCAGGUCAAGUCAGCAACACCGACACGGCGCAACUGGUGGUGGCUACACAAUCGGAUAGGUCGAACCAAAUCGCCGCCAAUAAAUGAGUGCGAAUUUGUCAGUUGAAAUCGAACGGCCUCGUUACUCCCACUCCGAAUGAAAUCCGCUGCAAGUGCUUCCAAAAUGGCCCAAGGAUAGGUUUGGGCCCGGCUUUCUUGUUGGCCAAUUGCCGUUUGAAUAAUGCUGUUGGUUUUAUAAAUGGUGCGCACAUGCGCAACCAUUUGUCCCGAUGACUCCCAAUUUGAAAAAGGAAAGUUGCCACAGUGCCAAAUGUUGCCGGUGGCGAGAAUUGAAGCCAGCGAAAAAUAUGAAAUUUAAAUAUGUGCUGAUUAAAUUGAUUGUUUUUCAAAAUCAAA